UAUGGAUUCGUCAAAGAAGACUUCUCUAAGAGACAAGAAUACCUUCUGGGCUCGCUUCAAAAGGAAACAUAAAAGACAAUGGAGAUUCAGAAGAAAACCGAAGAAAUCUCCUUUAUCUUUUUAUGGGAAAGGCACUGAAUAUCAAGAUAUCAUUGGCUUCGAUCUCCAGAAUUAUGAAGAUGAAUUCAAUGGAGCCUUUUGACUAAGACAAGAUAAGAGUUCCAAUGAAGAAGAGAAAUGAGGAUUCAAGGAGCAUAUGUCACAGAUAGCUGAGAGUGUGCCAAAAUUUAUGACUGGUUCCAAAGAUAACAUUCACAAGAUGAUGAACUCCUCUAGGGAGAACUUCCAGUCCUUCAUUUCCAAGUUUAAGGACUACGUACAGCCUGGGAAGCCAAUGGAUGGUGAUGAAGAUACCCCAAAGGAACCCCACACAGUUAAAGAAGAGGCCAAAAGUCUGAAACUAGAAGGAUUAGAGCACUUUUAGGAGUAAUGGGGUUAAGGAGAUCCAGAGUUUGGAAGGACUAUUGGAGUAUGUGCCGCAGUUGGAGAUAUGAGCAGCGUCUGAGGAUGAGAUCUUUGUGAAGGAUACUACCAAUGGGGAUUUAGUCAAGAUUAUUAAGAACAAAUUAAUACAUAAUAUUACUCAGCUUAGGAUAAAGGAAAAUAUUCAUCACAAGGAGCCAAUUGUUAAUAAUACCUCUUAUUCUGCACAUCCUCAAUCUACAGAAGGAGAUUCCCAGAGAAAUGAGGAGCAGAAAAAUGAAGGGUUCUUUCCUUCUUUUACUAAUAAAUUUAAGAAUUUUAUGAGGCCAAAUGUAGACCAGAGUCAUCAAGACGAAUCAAAACAAAAGGAUAAUGAGAAAGAAACUUUUCUUUCAAAAUUCUCUCUUAAAAAUAUGAUGAAGCCCAAAAAGAAGAAGGAAUCUACAAAUAGAGAGAAUAAGGGAAUAAGAGGAUGGUUUAAUAGGAAAUCAAACUCACCUUCUCAACUGGAUAAGAUUCCAGAAGAGAUUCAUUAUGAAAAAUAAUGCCAAAAUAUAUCAAAAUCAAGGGGACUUGGAUUGUUUCCAAACCCAACCCACCAACACCCAUCCACAAAACAUUCCUCCAAAUUACACUCAAACUGAUCAAAAUCUUACUCUCCAAAAAUCCGCCAACUUCAUUACUAACGACAAAACAAACGCAGAUCAUUCUUCCCCCAACAAAACCCAUAAUGAAGAACAAAAAGAUUCCACUCCAAUUGAUAAAGAGCCACAGGAGCCAAUACCUCUUGAAGAAGACUCAGCUACAGAUGGAAACAUGCAUGAAACAAUUCAUGAUAUCCAAACGCUUAUUCCUUGAUCCCUAAGAAAGCAUUCUCAGUCAGAGGAAGUCGCAAAAAGAGAGCGAGGCAUAGAGAUUGAAGAGAAGAGAGAGGCUGAAGAGGAUUUCUUUCAACCAGAGCAGACUGAAGUUACUCAAAACCAUGAUUUAAAUCCUACCACUUUUAAUAUUGACAACCUGGAAGAAAUGAGCGACAUCAUGAUGGACGACUUCGAUGACGAAAGCUCAGAUGGAGAAAUGCCUGAAAGAAAUACUAUCCACUCUGCUGGUAUAAAUGGGAAUAAUUACUCUACUUUUUCUGAAUCACUUCAAAUGCGACCAGCAUUCUCUGUUACCGAAACUAAAGAGAUCAUUGAAGGAAUCCAAGAUAUUAAUAUCAAGAAAAGAGUUAGUGAUAUUAUAUCAAGACUUGAAGAAGAACUUGAUAAGAGAGAUAAGAGUCUGGAACAAUUAGAGAAAUCUGGAUAUAAUCCUUUAAAUCUUGAGAAAAAUAGACUACACUUUGCAUUCCUAUUUUCCUCUCCUUUAGUGAUGGAUAUCAACAAUAUUAGCAGAGAGAUAAUGCAGCUCGAUUGGGCCAGCGAGAUAGAAGAUAUACUUGAUUCCUUAAGACAUCUAAAUUACAACCUCAACUACAAAAUCAGUGUUGGAACAAGAGAAAACCUAAGAAGAACAGUCAUUGAUUGCCCAAUUGCUCUCCACUUCUCAGGCCAUGGAGUAGAAAACACUAUCGAGAAUUUAGGCCAAUACUCAAUCUUGACGAAGGAGAAAGGCAAUGUGCUGCUUCUAGAAGACUCAAUUGGCAAAACCAACUACUACUUCGAGAAAGAAUUGGAAGAUUUAGUCAAAGUCAGAGAGAACAAGUUCGAAGUUGUCUUUGUGUCGUCCUGCCACUCCGAGUUUGCAGGCAAAGUGUUCUUGAAUGCUGGUGCCAAGCAUGUAAUCUGCAUCAAGCAGUCUGAGAAAAUAGCAGAUGCAGCCUCUCUGAAGUUUUCUUCAGUGUUUUAUGAGAACUUAUUUGGCAAAGGAAUGAGUGUGUGAGAUGCCUAUGUGACAUCCAAGAACGAAGUGGCCAACGAGAUCAAUCCCACUGAAGCAGAGAAGUUUCUGUUGUUUACACAAGAAAGCCAUGGAGAAAGAUUAGAUAAGAAACACAAAUGCUCAGCCAUCCACAAUCUCACUGAAGGAUGUCUGACUGAUUUAAGUGAAGACCCUCUGUUUGACUACGUUCCAAACAAAGUGGAAGGCUUCAUCUGCAGAGAAAUUGAAAUGUACCAGAUUACAAGGUUGGUGAGCUCAUCAAAAAUUGUGACGGUCAUUGGGCCUCCAGGAAUUGGCAAAACUAGCAUUGCAAGGAACUUAGCAAACUUCUACAAAGAACGGAAAAUGUUCAGAGACGGAAUCAUAUAUAUCAAGUUGAGAGGAAUCACUUCAUCCCAAAUGUUUUUGACUCAGUUCUCAUUAUGCAUCAGAGCAGCCACUGGAGAGAUUGACGAAGAAAUGAUGAAGAAUGAGCAAGACUUCUUUGAGCCAGUUAUGAAGAAGCACUACUCGACUAUUGAGGCAAAACAGAAUGAAGCAAUAGAUAUUCUGAAAAACAAGCAAGUGUUAAUUAUAUUGGAUAACUGAGAGGAUCCAAUUGAUAAUGACCAUGAAAAUUUUAUUUACGAGCUAGAAAGAAUUUUAGAACUCUGCUCUAAAAUUAAAGUGUUACUAACCUCAAGGAAACCUCUGAAUGAGCUAGUUCAUAAUGAAGAAAAGCUUUUCAAUUUGUAUCCACUCUCGAAGCAAUCUACAAUUAAACUAUUAUUGCAGAAGCUAGAAGAGGUUAGACCUAUACCUGUACAAGAAAUCAAAGAGCUUGUUGAAUGAAGUAUUCCAGAAGGUAGCAGAAUGGGACAACAUCUCAAUCUCAGAUUUAAUCCUGAGAACAAUAAGUUGUUGAAUAAGGAUCAUGCAAACCUCUUGAACCAUCCAUUUAUUCAGUUGCUUGGAGGCCACCCUCAAGCCAUCUCUCUGAUCGUGUCAUUGCUCAGAGACUCCACUCUCAAAGACUUAUUCCUGACAUUCUGUGACUCCAACAUGAUUGAUGUGGUGCAUGAGAACUCUGUACUUGGAAGCCAGACCACUUCACUGAGAGUAUCUCUGGAACUGAGUAUCGCCCAGCUCAGAGAGAAGAACAGAGACGCUCUUGAUUUGUUCUGUCUGAUCGGGUUGCUGCCUUCUGGAGCUGACAAAGACGAGAUCACUCAGAUUUGGGGAGACAAUUCAUGGAAAAAACUCAAAAAUACUUUAGUUGGGAGUUCACUUUUAAUCCACAAAAAUAACCAAAGUGAAGAAGAUAUUUACUAUAUGCUCCCAUUUAUGUCUGAAAGAGCUUGUGAGAUAUUAAGAGAAAAUCAGGAAUUGCAUACUGAUUAUCACAUGAAAUGUUGAGCUUUAUAUAGAGACUACUGCUAUGAAUUCUACAAAUCAGAAAAAACAAUUGAAGAUAUUGAAGGACUUGCUAGCAUUGAGAGCAAUAUCUGGGCAUGCAUUUAUAGAGCACACGAUAGAGUCAAUAGUGAUAAUUCAGCUAGAUCUCAACCAAUAGAUUCCGCCAAGUUUUCAUCAAUCCCCCUCCAAAGUUCCUUAACUGAGACUAAAUUCUCCAAGGAAUCUCUCGACAAUUUUUCUGACAUAAAAUCCCUCUGAACCCAAAAUACACAAACCAGAUCUGCACCUCCCCUCGACCUCCUUGAAUCCCCUUCUCCAACCCCUCUACCCCUCCUGCCCACCUCCCUCACCUCCACCUCCCAAACUCCUGAAGAACAGCUCAUGAUCUACUACAUCUCCAGCCUCAUCAGCCUCGAAAAGCACUCAGACGCUUCCAAAGCCCUCACCCCUUACCUCACUUGUUCCUCGCUCAGCCAACUUUCUCGCACUCAGCUCACCAAGCUUGACUCCAUGCUCCAGUUCAAGCCCUCAAUCGUUCAAGAGUCCAUGCAUAAAUUUUAA